AUGGCGCACUUGAUGUUUGUGCGGCCUGAACGGGAGUACUGGCGUAUCGAUCGACCGCAGCAUGAGGCCGAGUCCAUGUCUUUUGGGUGGCGGAAACUGAAAUGGGCUGCGGCUUUGUGGGUGAAUCCACGCGGCAUCAAGUGGAGCCAGCAGAUCAGGGGCGUCCGUCGUGGAGAUGCCCCUGUCACCCGUUGGCACUUCGUGGUCUAUCAGUUGCGCCGUUACCUCACAUUUUACUUUAUCGUAGACGCCAUGAUGGUUUACACGUUGAGGCACUUCUACUAUCCUGGCGUUGAUAUGGCGACACUCACUGUACGCGCGACUUCUUGGUCUCGGUCCCUCUAUAACAGCUGGCAUGUGCUGCUGUCUGUCAUUGCUCAGCUCCAGUUCCAGUAUCUGGUAUGCUCGGGGCUAACCGUCGCCAUUGGCAUCUACGAUCCGGAGGAUUGGCCAGAAUGGCUGGGUAGCUUCCAGGACCUGAGCUCAGUACGACUAUUUUGGAAUGCAUGGGAACAUCAAAUCAUCAGGAGAACAUUCAUGCUGUAUAGCAGGGCAUUUGUGUCCUUCCUUGAUUUGCGCCGCGGUAGCAACCUGGACCAGUAUACCCGCAUAUACUUUAGCUUCUUCCUUUCGGGCAUCUUCCAUGGCGUGACAAAUUUUGUCAUGCCUGCCAACGAGGGCGAGCCUCGUUGGGUGCGAUUCCGUCUGCAGUUCAUUUUCUACAUGCUACAGCCCUUCGCCAUCCAAUUUGAGGACUUGGUUAAGUUUGUGUACAAGCAUCUCAUCCGGAUGCCAAAGAAGCGCAGUGACUCACAUGAUCCCAAAGGGAAAGGUGACACCUCAGAGCCACUAGAGACUUCUGUGGGUGUUACGUGGACGAAAAUCAUAAGUCACAUGUGGGUAAUCUGCUGGGUAUGGUUCUCGAUGGGCUGGGCAGGCGAUGCCUUGCUGAAGUCUGGUGUUGCUCGCUUAACACCCUUACCUGUGCCUAUUGUAGAAAGGGUUCUGAUUUACGCAGACGGGAAUGUUUGGUUUCACACCAAUGUGACGCCAUGGGUACGCGCUUGGUUGGGUAAGGUUGGUCAGUAA